GGUUGGCGGUAAAGUUCGUGAGUCGGCCAGUAUGACUCUGUCGGUGCCGUUCAAUUGUUUGACUUUUGGCUGUACCGCGGCGAAUUCUUGGCUGUCUUCCUUUUAGCGUGUGCGUGGUGAUGGGGAUAUGCUCGCAACAUCCACGGCGUGGGAGUAGACGACCAUAUCUGCGCUCGGUAGUGACAUUUGGAGGGAGAAGGAAGGAGGAGGAGGAAGAGGAGGAAGAUGAGCAAGACGAGGAAGACGAAGAAGACGAGGAGGACGAGGAAGACGAGGAGGACGAGGAAGACGAGGAGGAGGAAGACGAGGAAGAGGAGCAAGACGAUCAAGACGAGCAGACGAGCAGACGAGGAGGACGAGGAAGAUGAGGAAGACGAGGAAGACGAAGACGAGGAAGAGGAGCAAGACGAUCAAGACGAGCAGACGAGCAGACGAGCAGACGAGGAAGACGAGCAAGAGGAGGAAGACGAGGAAGACGAGGAAGGAGGCAAUAGCUAUAGGCUCAUGCAAAGCAGCUUAGAACGUUAUGCCCACCUUUCUGAACCUUCCGAAUACAAGUACUUUUUGGCCCUCAAUUGA